AGAGAGGAGAGACAGUACCGAGAGAGACUCACCUGGGGAGCAGCGGCUACCUGCCUUAAAUUACGUCAAAGUUAAUUAAACGGAAUUAAAUUAAAAUUCCUCUUUUUUUCUGAGAUUUUCAACCAACUGUUGGUCCGAGUCUGAGCUUCAGCAUGACGGACACUAUUUUACCGAACGGCAUCAAGGACAGCGGGGGAGACAAUUACUUCAAAAAGGGCUGUAACCCGUUCGCUCAGACGGGACGAAGCAAACUGCAGAAUAAGCGAGCCAGCCUGAACCAGCAGAUCAUCAAACAGAUGAGGAUGAGAGCUGGAGCCGAGAACCUGCUGAAGGCGACGUCAAACAACAAAGUCAGAGAGAUGGUUGUGUUGGAGCUGAGUUAUGUGAACUCCAACCUGCAGCUACUGAUGGAGCAGCUGGAGGGGCUCAACAGCUCAGUGGAGGUCUACCAGAGCUCCCAGGAGACGGCAACCAUCCCGCUCAUUCCACUGGGUCUGAAGGAGACGAAAGAGGUGGACUUCUCUGUUGCGUUCAAGGACUUUAUCUUGGAGCACUACAGUGAGGACGGGAAGAACUUUGAUGAUGAGAUUGCAGAUCUGAUGGACCUGCGACAGGCCUGCCGGACUCCGAGCCGCAGUGAAGCAGGAAUAGAGCUGCUGGCAAAAUACUUCAACCAUCUUCCUCUACUGGAGAGCCGAUUUUUCUCCCCAACCCGGCAGACUGGAAUCUUCUUUACCUGGUAUGAUUCCUUCACGGGUGUGCCGGUCUGCCAGCAGAACCUGUCACUGGAGAAAGCCAGCAUCCUCUUCAACAUGGCCGCCCUCUACACUCAGAUUGGUUCCCGCAGUGACCGGCAAACCAUUGCCGGGCUGGAGGAGGCCAUCUCUUCCUUCCAGAAAGCUGCAGGUCUCCUGAACCACCUGAAGGAGACAUUCACUCACACACCCAGCUACGACAUGAGCCCAGCCAUGCUCAAUAUGCUGAUCCGCAUGAUGCUGGCCCAGGCUCAGGAGUGUCUGUUUGAGAAGACUGUCCUGCCCGGCAUCCGAAACAACUUCUACUCCCUGCUGAAGAUGGCUCAGGAGGCCACCAAGGUCUCAGAAACCUACGACCAAGUCCACCAGUCCAUGAUCCAGGCGCCAAUUAAAGACAAUGUCCCGUUGUUCUGGUCCACCAUGUCACAGAUCAUAACCAACCACUACCGCUCCCUGGCUCACUACUUUGUAGCCACGGCGCUACUGGACCACCAGUUGAAUCCCAGUGAUGAUGAGGACCAGCAGGAGAAGACCUUGUCUCAGGUGUAUGAUCGCCUUCCUGAGGGACGCUCUCCUCUGGACAUCCUGAAGAGGAGAGAUGAACGCCGGCGUAUCGGUAAGGCUCACCUUCGUCGUGCCAUCCUGGCUCACGAGGAGGCACUGAGGAUCUGCGGUUUGUGCCGCGACCUGAGGAGGCUGGAGGUUCUGCAGGAGAUCCUGCAGGCGAGCCACCAGCGCUCGGUCAACAAGUUUGCCGACAACGAUAACGAGGACGAAUUCACCGACUACAUGGAGGCCCCAGACAUCAUCUCUAAAACAGAGCACAAAGCAGAGAUGGAAGUUCCUACGUUGUCAAAGGUGAAAGUCAUCGACUUUUUCCAGAGGCUGGGUCCUCUGUCCAUUUUCUCAGCCAAGCAGCGGUGGACGGCACCGCGGACGAUACAGCUUCGCCCAGACGACGGAGACCUGGGCUUCACCCUGAAGGGAGAGCAGCCCGUCCAGGUGGUUUCCCUGGACCCACUCUGCCCCGCCGCCGCUGAUGGGCUGAAAGAGGGCGACUACAUCGUUGCCGUGGGUAACACCGAUUGCAAGUGGCUGGGCGUGAGCGAGGUGAUGCGGCUGCUGAAGGAUGUGGACGAGGAUGGGAUUAGCAUCAAGGUGGUCAGCAUGAUGGACAGCAACCCGAGCAUGCCCACCAAGAGUGCCACCUUUUGUGGGAACCUCCCUAAGACCUACUCCAUGAUCUGCCUGGCCUUCGACGACGACGACAAGAACCCCAAGUCCCGCAAAGUCACCAAGAAGCCGUCGUUCCUGAGCUGGGGGCUGAAGAACAGGCUGAAGAGCGCGAGCACGCUCAGCCUCCCCACCGCCGACGCAUCGAGCACGCUGCCCUGGAGCAAGCCCUGCCCCACCUUCCCCAGCUCCAGCUCCUACAACAAUGACAGCGCCCUCUACUGAGGCACCUGCGGGCUCUUUCCCUUCUACGAGCACCGUGCUGUACCCGUACUGAGCUGAGUGUUGCAGUGGCACAGCGGUGGUACCCUCCGGUUUUAGUGUAUUUAGCUCAUGUGUUAACAGUUAUCAUGAUGACAUUCGACUGCAGCACCCGUGGAAAGUGGCUGCACCAAAUGUGUGGGUGCUUGUGUUGGUACAUGGGUGCCUCAUAAACUGAACUAUACACAAAACUAGUGGGAAGUCACUCCAUACUUUGCCAUAGUAUGUGUACAGCACGAUACAAAUUCACAGUGGGUCAAAAAAAAGAAAAAAGAAAAAGAAAAAAAAAAAAAACACCGCAGUGAUCAUCAGUAGUGAGUUACUUACUGUGUUAUUUUGGCCUUGAGAGGAAAAGCUCCAGAUGUAUUGAAGAACAAAAACACAGUUGUCUAAACAGCACUAGUGUGUGUUUGUACUCCACUGCAAGAGGUCAGCUGUCUAGUGGUUUGACCGGCCCCUCGGUAGCUGUGCGUUCCGCUGAGAGCUACACACUGCACAGCACAACGGACUGAUCUGCUGCAGUGCAGUAAGGUGCACACUGCACACUGUAUCUGUGAGGGAUUUUGUUCAUUGCCACAGUGCAUUGCAAAAAAGAAACCUCCAUCUUACCAAGUCAUUUAGUCUCAAAUUGAAGUUUUAUUAUUAUUAUUAUUAUUAUUAUUUUAUCAAACAAGUACACAAAAAAUCUGCCAGUGGCAUGAGGUAAUUCCACUUCUCUCCAGUGCUAAUCAGCUUGUUUCCAGAAUUUUGUUGAAUCAUUAUUGAAUUAUAUUGAGUCAUUUUCUUGAUGCUAAUGGGCUGAUCUGCCUUAUUCUGCCUUGUUUCAUCAUAUUUAUAUUUGUUUCAAGAAAAAAAAAGUGACAUAAAUGAAACUACCUUGGAAACAAGUGAGAAAGUUUUAAGUAGGAAGAUUUUAAUACUGAAUAUGAGACUAAAUGACUUGGUGAUUUUUUUUGCUGUGUAGUUGUUGCAAACAGUGGAUAUUGAAGUUUUAAGGCUUAAAAGUCACCUGUUUUCUAAGUAGAUAUGUACAUGUGUCAAACCGUGUUGUUGCAAUAUGUUAAAAGCCCGGUGAGGGAAAAUAUUCUUCUACUGUGGAGUCGGUAUUUGUGUGUGGAGAGUUGAUGAAUGCAAUGCGCUGUAAGCUGCUAAAAAAAAAAAAAAAACAUUCAUAUCUUUAUUUUGUAUUAUUAUCAUUUAUGUAUUUGUGACACAGCCUUUGGAGAACAUUGUUCAGGGCGACCGAACAAUGUAGGGACACAGCGUAAACGGAAAUAAUUGGUGUUUUAGGUUUGCUUGGCAUACCACAAACUAAAAUACCUCUGUCUCUGAUACACCAGGAGUUUACCACUCACUUUAACUUUUCUGACUCAUCUCAGUAUCUAACCCACUGCUGUCCGGUUUUGAGAAGAGAGCUGACUGUGUGUCUCAGUUAAUGUGAAUUUUGCUGCUCAUGAAGGAUGUUUUGUCUGCAGAGGUGAAGACUGUGGCCAGACCGACAACAUUCCUGGAUGAAACCUGCCGUCAUCACUGCAAAAAUUCACCUCCUAACUUGUUAUUUAGUCCAAUAUUUAGUGUUAAAAAUCUUCUUUUAGUGAGAAACACUGACCAGUGGGGUGAGACAAUCCCACUUGUUUCCGAUGCCGAUCAACUUCUUUCAAUAGCUAUCUUUAAUCGAGUGUCAUUAUCUGCCUUAUUCUGCCUUGUUUCAACAUAUUUAUACUUGUUCCCAGAUUAAUUCCUGAAAGAAGUGAAACUGCUUUGGAAACAAGUGGGAUUAUGUCCUCCCACUGGCAGAUUUUGCCACUUAUUUGAUAGAAAACAAGUUUUUUUGCACUGAAUAUGAGGUUAAAUGACUUGGUAACCUGUUUUUUGCAGUGCUGUCACUGAAUAGUGAGUUAGAUUUAAGGCCACAGUCAGUUUUCUGCUAGUCUACCCAACCUGUGUCACACCCAGUUUGAUCCUACACUUUACUGACACUCUGAAGUGUUGGUCUAUCUCUUUAUCUACAAAGUAGAUUCUUAUACACAUUUGAUAAUCAAAUUAUUUAUGUCAUAAAACACAAAAAAGUCGAAAAAAAAAUUGUAGGCUUCAGAACUAGUUUGUGGAUGGUGAAGUUGUGAAUUUUUGUACAUUAGUUUUCUUGGUUGGUUCUGAGAAUGUAUUUUACUGUAGGCUUGUUUCAUCCUUUGGUGAACCAGUACGCUGGUGGAUUUUAUCUGUGUAGAAAUGUUUUAACAUUUAAAACUUCAGUUAGGUGGAUUAAUGGACUCUUCAGUACAGAUGUAGGAAUACUUCUUCCAGUAUUGGGCGAUUUUAAAAGCAUUGUUUACUAUUCCUAAAAAUAGUAACAUGAAGAAGAUUUAACACUCUUAGCCUUUUUCUGUACAAAACUGACCAAGUCUUGUUUACUUAAGUGCCAUUUAUGCAUUUUCAUGAAGGAAAAAAAAAUUAAAUGAAGGUCACAAUAACUAUAAAGGUAUAAUAAGAAUGUGCUGUAAAUGAUUAAAUGUGUCAAGUGUGAACUAUUUCUUUUUCCAUAUAUACAUUAUACACACAGGCCAUGCUGUCUCACCAGACCUCUAUGUGCAUUGAUCUUAAAUGCCUUUGUCUAUAUGCAGAUGUACCUGUUCUACUGCUAAUACUCUCUGGUGGCCUUUCUUCCUUCUCUGGGCUUCCUGCUGCACAAUAACUGUGGUGUCAGUGCCUCCAUAAUUGUUUUCUUGUGUUGUGUGUCCUUGUGUAAACUAAAAUAUCAAUAAACAAGGGAAUAAAGCUAA